GAAUUAUUUAACGUCAAAAUUUUGAUUUUCUCAUAAAAAUGUUAGAGUUUUGAGAAGCCCAAAAACCAAUUGAAUAGCAAAACGUAGCGGGAAACGGGUUAAAGUAAUAAAUAAAAAAACGAAAAGAAAACGAAACUAUUAAAUUUAAAGAAAAUGAACGGAACGGUCAGCGAGGACAGCGAGGGCAUCUAUAAGGUGAGCCAUUUCUGGACAUGUGCCGAGCUGCUGCCAGCGCUGCCCCAUGUGAUAAAGCUGCGGGAGACCUUUCAGUUGUUUGUGCGGCCGCUUGGCAGCAAGGCGCUGGACAUACUGAAGGUAUCGGACUGCCUGCGGGCGAUGGGUGUCCACUUCAAGGAGUCGAAAUUGAAGGCGUGCCUGGUGCAGCGCCUGCUCAAGUUCCCGCAGGUGAAGCCGCCGACGCGCGUCAGCUUCGAGCUGGUGCUGAGCAUCUACUGUGAGCUGGCCAAGCUGGACAAUAUGCCCAGUGCGGCGAUGAUGAUCAACGGAUUGCGCUGCUGCGAUUCGAACGGUACGGGCAAGCUGCCAUAUGAUCAACUGCGUCGGAUGCUGACAACGGUUGGCGAACGGCUAAACGAGGCGGAGGCAUCCGCUCUGCUCGACACCAUGAAGGAUGACAGCGGCAAUGUCAACUAUGUGGCGCUCAUGGAGACGAUGUUCUGCACGGACGGCGAGGCCGCCGCCAAGCUGCAGCAGGCGCGCAUUUAUCUGGAGGCGCUCGGCAAAAAUGCCUGCCACAUGGACAUGCAGAAGCGGGACGCGUUCAUCAAGGCGCUGCGCAGCCUGGACUUCACCAACACCGGCUACGUGACGCCCGAACGGAUGCUGGAGCUGCUCAACCGGACCGGCGAUAGCUUCAGCAGCGCCGAGCUAAUCGCGCUCACGCGCGGCCUAACGAAUGCCAAAAAGCAAAUCGAUUAUCGCCGCUUUCUGCGCCUCAUCAUGAACGAGUGAAUGUUUAAUUUUUAUUUGGCCGACUAUUAGAUGUGUGUACUAGAAAUCAAUUUUGGCAACCCAUUAUUUAUCUUUUAAUAUCACGGGGAAAAAUGUACAGUCCAAAUUCUCUGCAGCGAAAACGCCAAAAAGGUGUCUAAGCAAAACUUCGUUUUUGCACUAAUUCGUAAAUAAAAGAGAAUACUGCAAUAA